AUGAUCCCGUCAGAUUGCACUCUAGACAUAUCUAACGUCUUCCAUUCCACUGCUGUGGUGAUCGAGGGCAGUUGUAUGAGCAAAACAGAGCCGACUGCAGUAUUGAGGGAUGUAUCUGCUCGAGUCCACGGUGGAGAGGUUUUAGCGAUUCUAGGCUCCAAGGGAUCUGGAAAGAGGGCCUUGCUCGAUGUCAUUGCUGGAAGGGCGGAGGGUGAAACCAGAGGUAGAGUCACCCUGAACAACAAUCUCCUGACCCCAGAAUUGUUCAGAAGACACGGUGGAUACGUCGCCCACAGGUGUCACUUGCUGCCAAGCUUAACAGUUCGUCAGACUCUGACGUACGCUACGUGGUUGGCCAAUUUGAACAAUAGGGAGGCCAGGGUUCGUCAAACCCUGGCCGAUUUAGCGUUGUCCCAGGUCGCAAAUAGAUCGGUGAAUGAUUUAACAAAGCCAGAGUACAGAAGGUUAAUGCUAGGCGUGCAGCUAGCCAAAGAUCCUACAUUGCUGCUCUUGGAUGAGCCAACAUGGGACACUGACCCUUUGAAUACUUAUCUAAUCGUCUCUAUGCUCUGGUCUUACGCGACCAGGAGGGGAUCCAUCGUCGUUCUAACGAUGGAGACCCCUAGAUCGGAUGUACUACCUUUCGUCAGUCGUGUGACUCUUCUGUGUCUGGGUGCGGUGGUCUAUUCAGGGCCAACAAGGAGUAUGUUGGAUUAUUUCACCUAUAUUGGCUUCCCCUGUCCUGAACUAGAGAAUCCUUUGAUGUAUUAUUUGUGCCUGUCUACUGUCGAUCGUCGAUCCAGAGAUCGUUUCUUGGAGUCGAACCAGCAGAUAUCGGUGUUGGUGGAGAAAUUCAAGGCUGAGGGUGUGAUAUACAUGAAAGAAGCUCCCCAAGUGCCACCCAACGUCAAAGACACACCUCUAGGCAUUAUGCACAAGGGUUUAGGGCGUGGCAUCAAACCAGGAUGUUUCUCUACUCUCCUUGCUCUCUACCUGAGAGGCAUGGCAGCGACGUUUGCCUUCAAUAAGUCCGGUUUAGGCCAUUUCGCAACUCGACUACUGUUGCUACCGUUCUCCGUCGCCCUGAUGAGCAUUCUGUACUCACAUUCUACACCUGUGCAGUCCAGGAUAUUCCUACAAACAGGUGGUUUGGUCUUCAACGUGCUCACCCUAUUCUACGUUGCUGGAAUAGCGUGCACAGCUCUUCUCUUUCCAGGAUAUAGAGCCAGAUAUUACCAGGAGAAAAGGGAGGGUUUAUACGGUGGUGCGAUGUUUCUGACUGCUUACGCGUUACUCAGUCUACCGUUAAGUUUCCUGUCUACCAUGCUCACCAUUGGCAUUCUGACUCCCAUUCUGGAGCUAGAUUUGUCAACCUGGGCCUACUCGUGCGGUGUACUAUGGGCCAGCUACGUGGCAGCCGAACAAGUGACCGUUGCCGUACUCAUGGUGGUCGGUAGACCCGUAACUGGUGCAAUAACAGUCCUUUACAUGACUCUGGUGUCUCUGGUGGUUGCAUCUGGAGCAAUCAGAAGUCUGAAAGGCUUGCCUUAUUGGCUUGCAGCAGUCUCCACCGCAUUCCCCGCAAGAUACGCCUCGUUGGCUCUGAAUCAACUGGCUAUCGAUGUACCCACAUUCCUCAAUUUGCAUUACAAUGAGAGUUUCACGUGUCCCGGAGUGCCUGAACUGUGUAGGUACCCAGAUGGGAGAUCCUAUUUGAUAGAACGGUUUACACGUGAGGGUGAAAAUAUUUCGGAGGUGUUGAACGUUGACUUGAACUUGUUAAUUUCACUCGCGUUCGCUGUUGGACUGAGCAUUCUGAACAGCGUUCUGUAUUUGUUGCCACUUCCAGCAAAAGUUAAAGCUAAGUUUAGGGAGUAG